GUCGAAAAAACGACUGACUACCCUUCGGCUGAGUACUCCCUGGUGGAGGAUGUAGCCCUCCACUUCACGUGUUUGAUGGACAGACUGAACGAGCAGCGCCUCUUUCAGCCGGACCUGUGCGACGUGGACAUCGUGCUGGUGCAGCACAAGAGCAUCUUCCCGGCGCACAAGGGGGUCCUGGCAGCCUACAGCCAGUUCUUCCACUCCCUCUUCACCCAGAACAAGCAGCUGCAGCGCGUGGAGCUCUCUCUGGAGGCCCUCACCUCGCAGGGCCUCCAGCAGAUCCUCAACUUCAUCUACACCUCCAAGCUGCUCGUCAACUCCUGCAAUGUGCAGGACGUGCUGAACGCGGCCGCCGUGCUGCAGAUGAACAACAUCGCGUCGUCCUGCCAGGACCUGCUGGACACUCGCUCCCUCAGCCUGGCCACCGACAUGGCCCUGCCCGCCGAGGGCUGCGCCGGACCCCCGCCCUACUACUGCGAGAUCAAGCAGGAGGUGGACGCCCCCCACCCCAAAAUCUACGCCCGAGAGGGCAACGACCCGUUCUCGGUGCGGGUGGAGGAUGGGACAGGCAGUGGGACUCUCCCCCCCGGCCCGGCCAAGCAGUACUACAAGGAGGAGAAGGAUGGAGGUGCUGGUGCUGUCUGUAAGAUGGAGGGUGAAGAGUCCGAGGAGGAUCUGGACAGCCAGGGCUCCUACAACCGGGAGCAGAUCAUCGUGGAGGUGAACCUCAACAACCAGACCCUCAACGUUUCCAAGGGCAUGGAGGGGAAGGCGGCUGCCAGCGAGGCAGCCGUAAUGGGGCGGCCAGACGGGGAUGGGCAUGACACGGAGGAGGAUGGGGAGGAGGAGAAUGAGGAAGGGGAGGAGGAGGAGGAAGAGGAGGAGGAUGCGGAAGUGGGGGAGGAGGAAGAGGAGGAGCGCAGCGAGGAGGAAGACCUGGAGGAGACGACAGAAGAAGAGGACGACGACGAUGAAGAUGCCUCAGAGAUGAAAAGGGAGAAGAGCGGGCAGCCCCGCAGGGGCAGCCGGGCAUCCAAAGCCACUAAACCUGCCAUGGCAGCCAGGUCCCAGGAGAUGGCCAAGGUGGAAGAGGAGGAGGAGGAGGAGGAAGAAGAAGGCCAGAGGGGAAGGAAGAGAAAGAAAGAACAAGAUGGCUUGGGCCAGAAGGUGAAGCUGGAGGAGAAGCAGCAUUACCCGUGCAAGAAGUGUCCCCGGAUCUUCAACAACCGCUGGUACCUGGAGAAGCACAUGAACGUCACGCACAGCCGGAUGCAGAUCUGCGACAAGUGCGGGAAGCGCUUCCUGCUGGAGAGUGAGCUCCUGCUGCACCACCAGACUGACUGUGAGAAGAACAUCCAGUGUGUCACAUGUGGGAAGGGGUUCAAGAAGCUCUGGUCUCUCCAUGAGCACAACAAGAUCGUCCAUGGCUAUGCAGAGAAGAAGUUCUCCUGUGAGAUCUGUGAGAAGAAGUUCUACACCAUGGCCCACGUGCGCAAACACAUGGUUGCACACACCAAGGACAUGCCCUUCACCUGUGAGACCUGCGGGAAGUCCUUCAAGCGCAGCAUGUCCCUCAAGGUGCACUCGCUCCAGCACUCUGGGGAAAAGCCUUUCAAAUGCGAGAACUGCAACGAGCGCUUCCAGUACAAGUACCAGCUGCGCUCCCACAUGAGCAUCCACAUCGGCCACAAGCAGUUCAUGUGCCAGUGGUGUGGCAAGGACUUCAACAUGAAGCAGUACUUUGAUGAGCACAUGAAGACGCACACAGGGGAGAAGCCCUACAUCUGUGAGAUCUGUGGCAAGAGCUUCACCAGCCGCCCCAACAUGAAGCGGCACCGCCGGACCCACACCGGGGAGAAGCCGUAUCCCUGCGACGUCUGCGGCCAGCGCUUCCGCUUCUCCAACAUGCUCAAAGCCCACAAGGAGAAAUGUUUCCGUGUCAGCAACCCCUUGGCUUUGGACACGGCCGUCCCCCAACCCGCCACCAGUCCAGCUCCGCUGCCCCCCGGCCCCGGCGUCUCCCCCCUGCCCCUGCCGCUACUCCAUCCUCUUCCACAGACCCUCCCUCCUCCUCCUCACCUACCACCACCCCCUCCCCUGUUUCCCGCGGGGAGGAUAAAUUCAAACAACAAUUAG